CUGAUCCAGGGGCCAGGGGAUGUGUCAGGGCGAUGGGAAGAGCCUUUGCCUUUCUGCUGAUCCUGCUGGGAGCCCAGCUGGUGGCCUCCACCUUCAAAAUCUGCGCUUUCAACAUCCGCAGCUUUGGGAAGGCGAAAGCUGCAAACCGGAAGGUCAUGGGAGGCCUGGUCCAGAUCCUUUCUCGCUGCGAUAUCUCAGCCGUGCAAGAGGUCCGCGACUCCAAAGGCUCAGCAAUCCGGACACUCCUGAAGGAGCUCAACAGGUAUGAUCCUUCCCAUCGGUACAGCUGUUUGGAGAGCAAGAGACUGGGGCGCGGCAGCUACAAGGAGCAGAACGUCUUUAUCUAUCGGAUGGACCUGGUCUCCGUUACCGACUGGUGUCAAUUUGGGGAAGAGGACUCCAGCCCUUUUGAGGCUUUCUCCAGAGGCCCUUUCGCUGCCCGCUUCCAUUCUCCAAUCACAGCCGUCUCCGACUUUGUCCUGCUCCUUCACCACGCCAGCCCUCGGGAAGCCGUCCGCGAACUAGACCUCCUGUUUGGAGUGUGCAUGGAACUGGUGCAACGUUGGAAAACCCAGAACCUGAUGGUGCUGGGAGACCUAAACGCCGCUGGGGCUUACAUCCCGGCAAGCGCCUGGGCUGGGAUCCGCCUACGUAGCCACCUGGACUUCCAUUGGCUCAUCGGGGAUCAGGUGGACACAACUGUCAGCCACCGGACUUGCUGCGCCUACGACAGGAUCAUCGUCCAUGGAGAUGAGCUGCUUGGCGCUGUGGUGGUCAGGUCAGCCAAGCCCUUCAAUUUCACUCAUGCCUUGGGACUCUCCGAAGAAGAGGCCCUCAAAAUCAGCGACCACUACCCAGUGGAGGUGAAUCUAAGGCUAGCGCUGAAAGCCCAGCGUGAGCUCUGAGUCAUCAACC